UAUUUGACUCACAGUUUCUUUUUUCUUCUUCCUUUUAUUACUAGUACAGUGGUAGCUUGGUUUACAGACACUUUUGUUUGCGAGCAAUUUGGUUCACAAACAAAAACGUUUGUCAAACUUUUGUUUUUGUUUGCAGACUGCAUCGGGUGACAAAGACGACCGUGGCGGUCUUUCCCGCACAAAGACAAAUGUGGCCAUCUUUUACGAAAUGGUGGAACAGAUUAAGUUCAUGAACCGAGGUGAAUUGACGUGUGCAAAAUCCUGGUUAUUCUGAAGAUGCCUCUGCAGAAUAUUGCUUCCUGUUUAAAUUACAGAUAACAUCAAGAGUUUUCGGAGCAAGAGAAACUGGGAUUUUUUUUUAUUAAAUCAUGCCUUCUGAACAGAACAAGUCAUUUUGUGAUGAAAAAGAAACUACUUUAAAAAUGGGAUGUAAUAUGAAAAAUCUGGUAGUUGAUACUAUGAGAUCAGUACCUAAACCAAAAAUUUCACAAAGUAGUUUUCAUUAUAAACUUAAAAAUGUGAAAAUCGACUUGCCGAAGGUAAAUAUUCCAAAUGAAGUCCUAAUGAAACACGAAGUUAACAAAUAUAGAAAAUUAUUUUGUAGCAAACCACAGACUGCAAGAAAAUCUAUCAGUAUAAAGUCGAUAAGCCGUGCAGAAGAGUGUAUAUUGCUUCAUAAGUCUGAGAGAACAGAAGAAGAGGGUAUAAAAAUGUCUGCAAAAAUACUCAAUUUCAGCUGUUUAAAAUGUGGAGAUAGCACUCGUUAUAGCCCCAAUGAUUUGCAGAAACAUUUUGAAAUGUGGCACCAUGGUGAAUUACCUUCAUAUCCCUGUGAAAUGUGCAGUUUUUCCGCAAAUGACUUCCAGAUAUUUAAACAACACCGCCAAACCCACAGAAGCACUUUAGUAAAAUGUGACAUUUGUAACAGUGAGUGUGUGUAUACUUUAUUGGACUUGACGAAACAUUUCAUAUCCACACACUGUGUUAAUGGUAAUUUCCAAUGUGAAAAGUGCAUAUUCUCCACCCAGGAUGUUGGCACAUUCGUUCAGCACAUUCACAGACAUAAUGAAAUUCAUUACAAAUGUGGUAAGUGCCAUCAUGUAUGUUUUACCAAAGGAGAGCUUCAGAAGCACCUUCAUAUUCAUUCUGGUACUCUUCCUUUCACUUGUCAAUAUUGUAGUUACGGUGCCACCAGGAAAGACCAUCUUGUAAGACAUAUUAUAACUUUGCACAAAGAACACUUAUAUGCGAAAGAAAAACUGGAGAAAGAUAAAUAUGAAAAGAAGAUGGCAAAGACUUCAGCUGAACUUAAGCUGAUUCUGAAAAGAUAUAAAAUAGGUGCAUCAAGGAAGGCAUUCUGGAUACGUAAGAAAGUUAACAGUGGAAGUGACAGAAGUAUCGACAAAAACACUCAAGUGCUUAAUUUAAUAAACAGUGCAGAAAUGAAAUCUGAAGACCAGAGCCAUCUUGGUCAAGAGCAUUUAAAUGACGACAAAAGUGAAAGACUACAUUGUGAGAACAGUGAUAUGCCCACAGAGUCAGAGUCAGAAAAGCCAACCUUUCUGGACAGUGGACAGUAUAAUGGAGCUGAUGAGGGAUCAAAUUCUACUUCAGAUUUCUUGAAGACUGCUCUACAAGGACCAACAGUGUUAAUGGUAAAAAAUAAUAAAAUAACAGUUCCUGCUAAUUACAGUGCUAAGUUUAUGGGCUUCAGGAUGGUGGAUGGAAGACAACAUAUUGUAAUAAAAUUGUUGCCUACCGGCAAGCAGAAUUUAUAUUUACCAGCUUCACAGUCAGGUGCCGUAAAGGACAGUACUGCUAAUUUGCAGCCCCAGACUUUGGAUACCACUGGAUUUUUAACAGGAGCGACAACUGAUUUAAAUGACACGGUUUAUAUGAAAACAACUCCAUUUUCACGUUCAUCUCCCAUACUUUCAGGGAAAAAAAUUUCAGAAAAAGAAAUGGCUUUGAUAUCUGAAAGGAAUAAUAUGCUUCAAACAGUGGAUUACAAUAAAAGCGUGUCUCCUUUGCCAGCAUCAUCAGAAUUGGUUACCACAUCAGUGAGUUUGACCACAAAAGUUGAAGCAAGAGAUAUUGUUGACUUAUGGGGAAGUCGUAUCACUCAGCAUCAUCCUGAGGUAUCAAACACCAUCAAUAAAAGUCCGGAUAAAGUCAGCCAUACCACAAAAUCAAGUGUAUGCAACAGUGGAGAUAUGCAUAACUAUUGCAUUAAUUAUGUCAACUCUGAGCUACCUGCUGAGUCCUCCAACCAAGGAUCAUUACCUUUUCAUAACUACUCAAAAGUGAACAACUCUAAUAAACGCCGUAGGCUUUCAGGAACAGCACUGUGUGAAAGCUUUCAGAGAGAAUCUUCAUCCAGCAAAACAGUUGCUCAACAACCAGUUAGUGAGACAGCUCUAUCACUAGUGAGGAAGGAGAGUUCAAACCCAGAUAGCCUGUUAGCAUCUGUCAGCCUUUUAAAUGACAAAGAUGGAACUUUGAAAAUGAAAGGUGAAAUGGAAGAGCAGUGUGUUUUAGAGAAAGGGCAGAAUACUGACGGACAGAACCUCUACACUAAUGCAAACCAAAAUUUAGAGAGUGUGAAUGAAAAACCAGAAUGGAAUGACUUUUCUAAUGUUGAUUCACUUAUGAUGCCUAGGAUCACAUCUGUUUUCUCUCUCCAGAGCCAACAGGCAUCAGAAUUUUUGCCACCUGAACUAAAUCGAUUACUUCAGGAGGAAUUAAAACCAAAAUAUGAUGUAAAACAGGACUCUAAAAUUCCAGACGAAAGCCUGACGCCUCAUUGUGACCUGUCACUUCAAAAACAUGAGGGCGAAGGAACAGUAGUUGAAUCUUCAAAAGACAUCAAAGUAGAAGGUGUCUUCCCAGUUCCAUCUGGCAGUGUUGGUAGUAUCCCUACAAAUGAUCUAAAUUUAAAAUUUAAUGGAAAAAAGAAGCAAGUGCUAUCGGUUUCACAGGACGUGAGAGAUUCAGGGAAGACACCUAGAAUUUCAGGUAUUAGCACAUUACUUAAGACUCAGUCAGAUGCAAUAAUAACACAGCAGCUUGUAAAGGAUAAACUACGAGCCACUACACACAAUUCAGGUACUUUAUAUAUGCAGAAUCCACCUCUGAACUCAGAACAGAAAAAAACUAUAUUUGUUCCAACACCAAAAGGUUUUUUUAUACCAUUACAUGUCGCUAACAAGCCUGGAUUCCAUGUUGUUUCAGGAAGACCACUUCCACUUGUUAAUACAGAAAGAGUACCUGUUUCUCUUCUUUUCUGCACUUGAUGACUUUGUUGGGUGUAAGAAAUCUGGGCUUGAGUUACCAGUGUAAAGGAGUGAUUGAUUUUAAGAGACUCUUGCUCUCCAAGUUAAUAAUUUAAUUCCUUUCAUCUUGAUUUUAGAGCUUAUAUUAGCUAGUACCUAGCUAUUCAUGAUUUAAAACCAUGUUUAUAUGUUUUUCCCAAACCUAAGUAUAAGCUUGUUGGAACUUUCGUAUGGUAUGGUAUUGUAUAAUUCAGGGGCAGAAUCCCUGCAAUGAAAUGUAUUUUCCGUUUGCAUAUUAUUUACAGGAGGAAAUUUCCUCUUUUGUAAUGAUCUGCUUUAUGACACAAUAUCCAUAAAUUAUAUUUUUAAAAACAAAAAUGUUUAGAAUCAAGAUGAAAUCUUUCUAUCUCCACCAUCUCCAUCAGUUUCUCUAUUUGCAUUACACUGUAGCUCUAAUGAAGUUGGUUACAUUCUUCAAUUUAGAAAGUGUUAAUUAUUUUUUGCAUAACUAUGAGAUGCUCAGAGUUAAAUGACUUUAGCAGGGAAAUAACAACUUAACACUAAUGUUGAUUCCCUAUCCCCACUAUCCUUCUCGAACACAAUAUGUUCCAGAAUUCUUUCUUAAACUUAUUAUUCAGCUUUCUUUCCUUUACUGGUUUCUUUUUUCUCUUUUAGUCAUCUUCUUUCCUUCCUUUGUCUUUUCUCACUUCAAUGGUCAAAACCUUAAAGGAGAGCAAAAGAAUGCUUGAGGGUUGUGAUAAUGAUGAAGAGGAAGGGGGACUCGAUAAGGUAGACUUCAGUAAUAAUUUAUUUCACACACACACACACACACACACACACACACACUGUCCUGUAUAACAAAUACAGGUUUGUAAGUUUUUGUAGGUGAAUAUAUAUGUAGAAGUAAAAAUAAAGUUAUAAAAUAAAUUC